UAGGAGAUGGGGGCGGGGUUACAGGAAUCUCACAGGAAUCGUAAAUUCAUUUCAUCAGUGGAUGAUUUUACUUCAAAACUGUCCUGCGUAAGGCUAAAGAUCGAACAAGCAGCUUCUUGUGAGCAUGGGACAGUGAAUCAUGAAUGGCUUUAAUCGCUUUCACACAUUUGCACAACUUAACAGUACUUUAAGUCUGACUUUCUUUCUUUUCCCUCUCUUUGUACAGGUAAACAGAAACAGAAAGUGACUGAAUAUGUGACUCCCUAUGAUGUCGUGCCUUCCAUGAGGCCUGUGGUGCUGGUCGGUCCAUCCUUAAAAGGAUAUGAGGUAACUGAUAUGAUGCAGAAAGCUCUAUUUGAUUUCUUGAAACAUCGGUUUGAUGGCAGGAUAACUAUCACACGUGUGACGGCAGACAUCUCUCUGGCAAAGAGAUCAGUGCUUAAUAAUCCCAGCAAGAGAGCCAUUAUCGAGCGCUCAAAUACCAGAUCCAGCCUUGCUGAGGUACAAAGUGAGAUUGAGCGCAUAUUUGAACUGGCUCGCUCACUCCAGCUGGUUGUGCUGGACGCAGACACCAUCAACCAUCCUGCUCAACUGAUGAAGACUUCACUAGCACCCAUCAUUGUCCAUGUCAAAGUGUCCUCGCCAAAGGUCCUUCAGAGGCUCAUCAAGUCCAGAGGAAAGUCUCAGAGUAAACACCUCAAUGUACAGCUUGUAGCGGCCGAUAAACUAGCACAGUGUCCUCCGGAGAUGUUUGACAUCAUCUUGGAUGAGAAUCAGUUAGAAGAUGCAUGUGAGCACCUGGCUGAGUACCUUGAGGCAUAUUGGAAGGCCACCCACACCUCCAGCAGCACCCCACUCAACCCUUUGCUGGGCAGAAACCUUGGCCCUGCUGCCCUGGCCCCUUACACUACGUCUGCCAUCUCCGGUUUGCAGAAUCAGCAAGGGCAAAAAACACAGCACGCCAACCACACCGGAGACCACUCCACCCCCAACGAACGCCGCAACCUGAUGACCUCAGAUGAGAACUACCACAACGAACGAGCACACAAAGGACGAAACCGGGGCUCCUCUGGCUCGCAGCAUGGUGGCAGUGGUCGAGACCACAACUACAUGGAAGAGCAGCAGGGCUACCAGGACCCCUACCAGGACACCUACAAGCCCCACCGCAACCGCAGUUCCCCAGGCAGCUACAGCCAGGACUCACGACACCGUCUCUGAGCCAUCUUGCCCUGUCUUGUCCUCCAAGCCUGAGCCACAGAGCCACCAAGCCAAGAUGGCUUCUGUCCAGAAUUGUAUCCAUCUUCCGUUAUGUUGUUUUUUUUUUUCGUCAUUUGACCAAAGCGUGCAUUUCCAUCUGCUUACACAAGGCUCGAAGUGUUUGCCUAGGGAAAAUGGGACUUUUCAACAUGCAAUGGAGCAGAAACUUGACCGUUGUUAUGCUUUCACAUGAUAAAAUGCUUGUUGAAUUUUUGGUUUGUCUAUUCUGUUGUAAAGGGCAGGUUUUAAGCCAAACCAAGCAACCAUUUACCUUAAAACUAUAAUGGAAUGAUUGGUUUGCCUUUAAAAGCAAAAAUUCAGUGAAGCUAGCAAUGCCAGAGAUUCAGAGAAUCUAAGUUUCUACAGGGAUAUACAGCAUCCCUGAAAACUGAAUUAGAAGCUCAGUUGGUCUUUAUGUCAUUAUUGCCGGCAUGUUACCUUAUUGCAUGCUUUCCCGUUCAUUAGUGCAUAACUUCAGCAGACAGACCAUAGGUUUAUGGCGUGAUCUUUGCUCAUAAGCAGGCCCUGAGAGAGUACAGUGGCUGACAAAAUGGAACAUUUCAAUGAUGUAACACAAAUCUACUGCCAGCUGUCUUUUGUUACAGAGAUUGAGUCUUAAAUACCAUGAUCAUGGAGUUUUCCAAAGCUGCUGGAUGUUAGGCCAUAGAAUUUCCAAAUAAUUUCCACAUAACAGCAGGACUCCUAGAUUCAGCCACACAAUAUUACAGCCAGAAGUCGCAGACAGGCAUCUGUGCAAUUCAGCAUGAUCCUACCAUCCAUGAGAGCACUGCAUCCUAGUCCAUGGACUCAUUUGUUAUCAGGCAUUAUUUUCUAGUUAGGAAGACAGCUUAAAAAGAUGCUCAUAGGAAUGCUGAACAAGUGUGUUGCUGCCUGUGAUCAAGGCCUAAGUAGAGUUAGCAAGCGUUAACCUUUUAUGAUUCAUUUUCAUCAUUUAUGAGCUGAUCGUUACGCUGAAAUUAUGGCACUUUGAGGCAUUGUAAUUUAGAUAGAUCCAUCUUUUCUCAAGGGUGCUUGGUGUCUAUAAAAAAAAUUAAGAUAUUUUGUUCUCAACACUAAAUGUAAUUUUACAAUGAACAGGUCACAUUAGCUCUGAUUCUUUAGGAGUGAAUGGCACCCUGUGUGCCACCCUGCCAACUGGAGCAAGCGCUGUCCAGUCAACUUCAGCAGAUACACAGUGACUAGAGACUAAACCCGUAAAGAGUCAAUCUUCUUCUCGUAUGUUUUCAAUGUGAAAGGGACUGUCAGAGGACAAGUAGAUCCUCAGCAUAUGAAAGCAGUUCAGACGUGGACCUGAAACUUAAAGACCCAAGGCCCUGGCAAACCAUGGAUUUCCUCGCCUGCAUAUUCUCGCCUUACUGAUUUAUGCUAGUUUGUGCAUUUUCAAAAAACAAAAAAAUUUAAGAAACUCGGAAAAACUAAGGACAGUAAGAAGUUCAAACGAGUACUUUCUGUAUGCAUUUGUCUAUUGAGCAUGCUUAUUUGUUAAUAAUAUAAUGAGGUUAAAUGAACAUGUGGAAUUUGGCAGUUGAUGCCCAUUUGAACAUGACCAAACAGAAGCUUCAUCUCUGAAUAUGCUGCCUGAGACAAUCAGAUGGAACUUCCCUGUAAAACCGGAACGUUGUUCAUCCCCUCGUCAUUUUGCUCUCUCCUGUUUCAAAGCAGCUUCAUCUGAGCUCCAGUUAAAGGAAUAAAAAUGUGUCCAUUUUGCCUUUUUUUUUUUUUUUUUUUUUUUUUAAAUUGACAAAGUUAGAAAUGCAAAAUUGCAUGCAUAUAAUUUUAAUUUUAAAAAUGUUUGAAGGAAAAAAAGUGUUUUAUGGAAAAUAAUUGUGUAUAAGGCAAAUCGAGCAGUAUUUAAGAUCUUUUACAAAACAGAAAAGAAGAAAAAUAAAUGGACAUUUUAAAACUUUGUGAUAUUUACUUAUUUACUUAUUAGAGAUGGAGUGAUCUAUCUGUGGAAAUAGCUGAAAGUCUGCAGUAAUUUUAUGGUAAGACUACAGUAAGACCUCAGUAUGACCACUGGGGACCUAUUAAAACAGGUGCCUUUUUUCCAUUUUGAAAAGGUGGUUUUUAAAAAUCUAUUUCUGUAAGAUUUUGUGUGUUUCUAUCAUACAAAAAUUAAGUGUUAUUGUUAAUAAAUGGCAUUGUGCCAUCUCAAGCUACUUACUGUAACAUAUAUGUACAGUGUUGGGGA